CAGCCGCAGAGGAGAAUGUCUCUACAGAUGGCGCCGUUGCCGUUGCUCCUCCUCCUGGUGGGAGCUGCCUGGAGCUACCCGGAGGAGAUGCGCUAUCCCUGCGCCUUCAUUGACACUGCCAACAUCACGGGCAGCUUCGGCAUGGAUGGUUCGUAUGUCCACAACUGGACGGUGAUUCCACGCAACCUGGUGGCCGCCUAUGACUUUGUCAUCGAGAAUGGCAUCCGAGUGCCGGCGCCCAAGCACCUGCGCGGCUGUGUCUGCAAACUGAAGCCCUGUGUUCGCUUCUGCUGCCCGGAGGGAGAGAUCUACGAUCUGGAGAGCAGACAGUGCUCGGCACCAUCCAUCGAUAGUCUGCCGCCUCCGCGCCACAGCCACAUGGAGGUGCAGCUGGCAAAUGGCAGCCUGAAGGACCUGGAACUACGCUCACGCUUCAGCAUCUACGUGGAUACGCCGUGUGAGCACAUGAAACCAGUGACAAAAGUCUCGGAAUACGUCCAUUGGACACUGCAUGAGAAUGGAACCAUUGCCCAUCGUGGUCAUAUAUUCUCCAAACACUAUUGCUACACGCCUCUCCUGCAGCACAAUGCUGCCUCGUCCCCAUCCUCCUCCUCGUGGGACUGGCAGCCUUUGGUCUGUGCCCCCGAGAAGCUGCACUUUGUGCUGGGCGUUCGCGAGUGGACCUACGCCAUAUGCCUCUUGAUAUCCAUUAUUUCGAUGAUCAUUGUGCUGGUGGUGUAUCUGAUGUGCUCGGAGAUGCGCAACAGUUUCUACGGUGUGGCCAUCAAGGCCUACACCAUCUGCCUGAUACUGGGAUAUGCCCUGCUCGGCUACCUCACACUCCACAAUCCCGCAACACUCUCCAAAGCGGCCUGUCGCAUCAUACCUAGCUUAACCCUCAUGUAUCUGGUGCUGUCCUUCUACAUCCUGAGCUUUGUUUCCUUCAAACUGUAUCUGAGCUUCCAUGGCGUGGUCUUCACGAAGCUCAUGUUCUGGCUGAUGUUCACGCCGAUCGUGCUGAUUGCCAUCGGUUGGUCCGUCUUUGUGGGCUUCAGUCGUUAUGGCAACCGAUGGGUAUUUGGCGGCGACACUUGCUGGUUCGAUCCUCGCAAUUGGAGCAUUAUGGUGUACCUGUUUGCACCCGUUUUCGUGGCCUGUGCCAUCAGUGGUUUCUUCUACAUCCUCACCCUCAUUUACAUCAGCGAGCAGCCUGUCAUCGAGACGGAAAAGAGCUUCGAGUCGAUCGAGAAGAACCGCUUCAAGUCCUUCUGGAAGUACUUCGGCUACACGGCCCUCGUGUGGCUCGUCUGCGUCUGCUCCUUUGCCUUCAACUACUACCGCGGAGAGCGUUCCCUCCACAACUAUGCCGUUUGCUUCUGCAUGGCCUUCCAUGGCUUUGCGGCACUCUAUGCGCUGAUCGGUAAGAAUCAGCAGAUUCAGAACUUCCUGCGACGCAUCGAUAACGAUGAGGAUACGUGCGAGAACUCUGUGCCUUUGUCAAGUUUUUGAAGGGGAAUCGGAAACCCAUUGGAAUCGUAUUGUUAGU